GAGUAGCUUCACCCUCAGGAAGACAAAACGGACUGGCUGCUUUUAAAAACCUCAGUCAAGAGACGGGAUACUUGACAACACACAGCUCCUCCUGUAAGUCUCUGCUGCUGGGGUUUACAUGUCCCUGUACUCUUCCACUGAUCAGCCAUGUCUGUGUCAAAGAGCUCCCUCCUGCCUAAGACACUGCGCCAGCACUACCUCUCGCUCCCCCAGGGCAAGAAGUGCCAGGUGACGUACGUGUGGAUCGACGGCUCCGGAGAGGGCCUGCGGAACAAGACCCGAACCCUGGAGGAAGAACCCAAGGGCGUCGCUGAUAUCCCUGAAUGGAACUUUGAUGGCUCCAGCACAGACCAGGCAGAAGGCUCCAACAGCGACAUGUUUCUCAUCCCUGUCUGUAUGUUCAGGGACCCCUUCACCUUGGACCCCAACAAACUUGUCAUGUGUGAAGUUCUCAAGUACAACCGCAAGCCUGCAGAGACAAACCACCGUCACAAAUGCAAUCAGGUGAUGGAGAGGGUAAAAGAUGAGCACCCGUGGUUUGGGAUGGAGCAGGAGUACACCCUCCUAGGGAUAAAUGGACACCCAUACGGCUGGCCAGAAAAUGGCUUCCCUGGGCCCCAGGGACCAUACUACUGUGGAGUGGGAUCUAACUGUGCCUAUGGCAGAGACAUUGUAGAGUGCCACUACAAGGCCUGCCUCUAUGCCGGAGUGAAGAUCUGUGGCACCAAUGCAGAAGUCAUGCCCUCACAGUGGGAGUUCCAGGUUGGUCCAUCUGAGGGGAUAGACAUGGGAGACCACCUGUGGAUGGCCCGGUUCCUGCUGCAUCGAGUCUGUGAGGACUUUGGGGUGGUGGCCUCUCUGGACCCCAAACCCAUGAAAGGGAACUGGAAUGGCGCUGGUUGUCACACCAACGUCAGCACGGAAGCAAUGAGAGGAGAGGGGGGACUGCAACAUAUCGAAAAUGCCAUUGAGAAACUCAGCAAACGACACAAAGAGCACAUCUUUGUGUAUGAUCCUCAUGGUGGCAAGGACAACUGGAGACGCCUAACUGGCAGGCACGAGACAUCCAGCAUCGAGGAGUUCUCUGCUGGCGUGGCUAAUCGCGGGUCCAGUAUCAGAAUCCCACGACAGGUCGGUCAGGAUAAAUGUGGGUACUUCGAGGACAGGCGGCCUGCCGCGAACUGUGACCCGUAUGCGGUCACUGGCGCCAUAGCUCGCACCUGCUUCCUGGAUCAAACGGAAAAUGAUGAAGAGGCUUGAGGAAGUGCAGGGGCGUAUAAUGGAGGAUGGUACUGUCAACAGUCCAUUAAAAAUAAAACAUGAAUUAAACUAGUUGAGUCUCCAGCACCUUGCCUCUGUUUGGCCAGUAAAUUAAUAGUCUAAAUAUGGCUUUUUUUGUGACAGAUACAUUUAUAUAUUUUGGUUUAUAUUUAAGUGUAAGUUAAUGGAUAAAAACAGCUUGCAGUUAGAGUUGGUGUAUUUAGGUGUAUGCCUUCUACGGAAUGCCUUAAAAAAUCUUCUGCUGACAGGUAGCCUUCAUGUUUGUAUCGUAUAUAUUGUAAUACUGCGAAUAAAUGUUUUCCUGACAUGCUGGUUAGCUAUCAGUGCUGGCAAUAUAACUAGUGGUGGUGUUUAUAUAGCAAAUCAUAAUAUAUGUUCUUGUUUCUAAUGUGAGAAAUGGCAAAACAACAUAAUGCAUGUGCUAUUUAAUGUGAGAGGUGGGUCUGAUGCUUUUUAGUUCAAUGUUUACAUUAACCAGUAACUACCAGUAACUUUAUACAUAAAACAAAAGUACCUCCAGUGAUGGAUACUCAACACUUACUCAAUAUAACCACAAGGUGUCAGUCCAUCCUUACUCAGAUCUAAGCAAUUUGCAAGUGUUAUGUCAAUUUGAAGAACAACAUAGGUGUGGUCAAUUGUUUAUUAUUAUUAUU